AUGUCGAACUAUAAUACCACCUCCACUGGCUCAUAUAUGCAAGCUAUGCAGCCUUUGGUUGAAGCAAUGAAUAAAUGGUCUCAAUCACAAGAAGUUAAUCAAAAACUAUCACAGAUCGAUAAUGAAAAUGCAAAAUUCACUACAAUUGACAAAAUUUUACCUAAAUUCGAUGAUAUAUCUAUUGACUCACUAUCCAAAAUUAGCUCUCAGAAUCAAGACCAAAAUGACAAAGUGUUGAAGAAGCUCGAGAAGGAAUGUUCAAGAGUAAGUCUUCAGAGAGGGCAAAAUGAAGAUGAAGUUUUCACCCUUGUCAAAUCAUUAGUUGCCAAUUCUACAAACGACGAACAAUUACAAUCUUCUUUAUUUGACAUUUUGGGAUUUGAAGAAAUUGAUUUGAUAUCCACAAUUAUACAGAAUAAAGAAAUUUUCAAUCAAACCAAUGGAUUAAUGUCUGCACAAGAAAGAGCCCAACUUAUUAUUGAUAAUAGAAACAAAACAAAGAAUCAGGAAUUAUUACCGAAAUCAUUCAAUCAAAAGUAUCCUCAUGUAUAUAAAAAUCAAGAUACUGUUAAUUUAGCAGCUGUAACUGGUGGAAAAUUCACAUUACCAAAGGGAACAACAAGAAAUACAUACCCAUUGAAUGAAGAAUUAAUAAUACCUUAUCCUGAGGAACUGCCGAAUAAAUGGAUCUCGGACAAUCAAUUAAUAAAAUUGAAAGAUAUGGAUUUUUUAUGUCAAGGUACUUUUAAAAAUUAUAAAACUUUGAACAAGAUGCAGAGUUUGGUAUAUCCUAUAGCUUAUAAUACUAAUGAAAAUAUGCUUGUAUGUGCUCCAACAGGUGCAGGUAAGACAGAUGUUGCAUUAUUAACUAUUUUACAUACUAUACAACAAUUUGUAACAGAAACAAUGAAUGAUGAAGGUGAUGUAACUAUAGAUAUAGAUUAUGAUGAAUUUAAAAUUAUUUAUGUUGCUCCAUUAAAAGCAUUAGCUGCAGAAAUUGUUGAAAAAUAUUCAAAAAAAUUACAAUGGUUAGGUAUAAAAGUACGUGAAUUAACUGGAGAUAUGCAAAUGACUAGAAAAGAAAUUACCGAAACUCAAAUUAUUGUAACUACACCUGAAAAAUGGGAUGUUGUGACAAGAAAACUGAAUGGUGAUAGUGAAUUAGUUUCAAGAGUUAAACUAUUGAUUAUUGAUGAAGUUCAUCUUUUACAUGAAGAUAGAGGUUCAGUUAUUGAAACAUUGGUUGCUAGAACUUUAAGACAAGUUGAAAGCACGCAACUGAUGAUUCGAGUAGUAGGGUUAUCUGCUACAUUACCAAAUUAUAUGGACGUUGCUGAUUUCUUGGGAGUAAAUCGAAAUGCAGGGAUGUUUUAUUUUGAUCAAUCAUUUAGACCUAUUCCAUUACAACAACAGGUUCUUGGUGUAAGGGGUAAAGCAGGUUCCAAAACAGCAAGAGAAAAUCUUGAUAAAAUAUCUUACGAAAAAUUAGUGGAGUAUUUAAGUCAAGGUCUACAAAUCAUGGUAUUUGUACAUUCUCGUAAAGAAACAGUUAAAACUGCUAGAACAUUUAUACAAAUGGCUCAAGAUCAUAACGAACUAGAUCUAUUUGAUUGUUCUGAAACUCCAUCUUAUGAGAGAUUCAAAAAGGAAGCAUCUCAGAAAAAUAGAAGUAAAGAACUUCGAGAGUUAUUUCCUCAUGGGUUUGGUACUCAUCAUGCAGGUAUGUUAAGAAGUGAUCGAAAUCUUACAGAAAAAAUGUUUGAAUCUGGAGCUAUUAAAGUGUUAUGUUGUACUUCAACAUUAGCAUGGGGUGUGAAUUUACCUGCAGCUGUUGUUAUUGUCAAAGGAACUCAAGUAUAUAAUUCAAAAGCUGGUGGGUUUACAGAUUUAGGAAUAUCAGAUGUAAUACAAAUCUUUGGACGUGCGGGUAGACCACAAUAUGAAAAAUUUGGUGUUGGUAUAUUAUGUACAACAAGUGAUAAAAUGGAUCAUUAUAUUUCUUUAUUAACUCAACAACAUCCAAUUGAAUCAAAAUUAAAAGAAAAAUUAAUUGACAAUUUAAAUGCCGAAAUUUCUUUGGGAACUGUGACAAAUGUUGAUGAAGGUGUUCAAUGGUUAGGUUAUACCUAUAUGAUCACUAGAAUGAAGAAAAAUCCUUUUGCUUAUGCUAUGUCAUGGCAAGAAAUUCAAGAAGAUCCAACUUUAAUAAAUAAAAGAAGAGAAAUGAUUGUACUGUGUGCCAAGAGGUUACAUGCUUUACAAAUGAUCAUAUAUGAUGAAGAAACAGGAACUUUAGUGCCGAAAGAUUUGGGUAGAAUUGCUUCAGAUUUCUAUUUGUUAUCUAAUUCAGUUGAAAUUUUUAAUCAAAUGGUAAACCCAUUAGCAACAGAAGCAGAUAUUUUAUCAAUGAUCAGUAUGAGUAGCGAGUUUGAUUCCAUUAAAUUUAGAGAAGAAGAAUCUAAAGAGUUAAAACAAUUAUUGGAAGAUGAUUCACCAUGUCAAAUUGCAGCUGAUGUGGAUUCUCCACCAGGCAAGACAAAUAUUUUGUUGCAAGCUUUUAUAUCACAAGCUAAUAUCAGGGAAUCAGCUUUAGUUUCAGAUUCAAAUUAUGUUGCUCAAAAUUCAGCUAGAAUUUGUCGUGCAUUAUUCUUGAUAGCAAUGAAUAGGAAAUGGGGUAAAUUAAUGGAUAUCAUGUUAUCAUUAUGUAAAUCUAUUGAUAAAAGAAUUUGGUCAUUUGAACAUCCAAUGUGUCAAUUUGACUUACUGGAGCCUGUAUUGAGAAAUAUUAAAAAUAAAAAUCCAUCAAUGGAUACGCUACGUGAUAUGGAAGCUGCAGAAUUAGGUGAUUUAGUGCACAAUAAACUGAUGGGACCUACACUUUAUAAAUUGAUUGGCAAAUUUCCUUAUAUUGAAAUAGAUUCAGAAAUUUUUCCCAUCAUGACAAAUGUAAUGAGAAUUCAUAUUGAUUUGACUCCAGAUUUCGUAUGGGAUGAAAGAUAUCAUGGCCAGGCUCAAAUAUUUUGGUUAACUGUUGAAGAAUCUGAUAAGCUGAAUAUUCUACAUGUUGAGAAAUUCAUUUUAAAUAAAAGACAAUUAAAUAGUCCUCAUGAAAUGGAUUUCAUGAUUCCUUUAUCUGACCCAUUACCGCCUCAAGUCGUUGUUAAAUUGGUUUCUGAUUUAUGGAUUGGAUCUGAAACUGUUCACGCCGUAUCAUUUCAGCAUUUAAUACGACCACAAAAUGAAACAACCAAAACUGAAUUAUUACGACUACAACCAUUACCUGUUGAAGCAUUGAAAAACCCCGAAAUAGAAAGUAUUUACUCAUCAAAAUUUAGAUAUUUCAAUCCUAUGCAAACUAUGGUUUUUCAUACUUUGUAUAAUUCAAACGAAAGUGCAUUUGUUGGAUCUCCCACUGGUUCAGGUAAGACAGUUGUAGCUGAAUUAGCAAUUUGGCAUGCAUUUAAUGAAUUUCCAUCUUCAAAAGUAGUUUAUAUUGCCCCUAUGAAAGCUUUGGUUCGUGAAAGAGUUGAUGAUUGGAGAAAAAGAAUUUGUGCCAACACUAAUCAUAAAUUGGUCGAGCUAACUGGUGAUUCUUUACCAGGAGUUAAUGAAGUAAAAGAGGCUGAUAUAAUUAUAACAACUCCAGAAAAAUUCGAUGGUAUAUCACGUAAUUGGCAAACAAGAAAAUUUGUUCAACAAGUUUCAUUAGUUAUUAUGGAUGAAAUACAUUUAUUAGCAAGUGAUAGAGGUCCUAUUUUGGAAAUGAUUGUUAGUAGAAUGAAUUAUAUAUCUUCACAAACCAAAAAGCCCAUCAGGUUAUUAGGUAUGUCUACUGCUGUUUCAAAUGCUUUUGAUAUGGCUGGUUGGUUAGGUGUAAAAAAUGGAUUAUUUAAUUUCCCUCAAUCUGUUAGACCUGUUCCAUUACAAAUGUAUAUUGAUGGAUUUCCUGAUAAUUUAGCAUUUUGUCCAUUGAUGAAAACAAUGAAUAAACCUGCAUUCAUGGCGAUAAAACAACAUUCACCAACAAAACCAGUUUUAAUUUUUGUUGCAUCUAGAAGACAAACAAGAUUGACAGCAUUAGAUUUAAUACAUUUAUGUGGAAUGGAAUCUGACCCUAGAAGAUUCUUGAAAAUGGAUGAGUUUGAACUUGAGGAGGUUCUUUCAAAAGUCAAAGAUGAAACAUUAAAACUUUCAUUACAAUUUGGAAUGGGAUUACAUCAUGCGGGUUUAGUUGAGUCAGAUAGAUCAAUAUCUCACAAAUUAUUUGAACAAGGUAAAAUUCAAGUUUUGAUUGCUACAUCGACUUUAGCUUGGGGUGUCAAUUUACCUGCUCAUUUAGUCAUUAUAAAAGGUACACAAUUUUUUGAUGCAAAAAUUGAAGGGUAUAGAGAUAUGGACUUGACAGAUAUUUUACAAAUGAUGGGAAGAGCAGGACGUCCAGCUUUCGAUACUAGUGGUAUUGCUAUAGUCUACACCAAGGAAUCUAAAAAGAUUUUUUAUAAGCAUUUUUUAAAUUUAGGAUUUCCGGUAGAAUCAUCGUUACAUAAAGUAUUAGAUAAUCAUAUUGGUGCAGAAAUUUCAUCAGGUACAAUAACAACGAGACAAGAAGCAAUGGACUUCUUAACUUGGACCUUCUUGUAUAGAAGAGCUCAUAAUAAUCCUACUUAUUAUGGAAUAGAAGAUGUUUCUGAGUAUGGUAUAUCCGAAUACUUGGCUGGAUUGAUUGACAAUACUAUUGAUAGUUUAAUUGAGUCAAAAUGUGUUAUUGCAAAGGGGAAUAACGAAUUAUAUGCUACUCCAUUCUUACAUAUUUCAUCAUACUACUACUUGUCUCAUUUAACUUUAAGGAAUUUUGUCAACAAGAUCAACCCUGAAUUCGGUUUCAGAGAUUGUUUACAAUUACUUUGUGAAGCGACUGAAUAUAAUGAGUUAGCAACUCGUCACGGUGAAGAACUAAUUAAUAUGGAAUUAUCAUUAGCAAUGAGAUAUAAAGCAGAAGAUUUAAAUUGUGAAUUUAUAUGGGAUCCUCACGUGAAAGCCUAUUUAUUGAUUCAAGCUUAUAUGAGUAGAAUUGAAUUACCAAUCGCAGACUAUGCACAAGAUACAGUUUCAGUAUUAGAUCAAUCUUUACGUAUAUUACAAGCAUUUAUUGAUGGCUCAGCUGAAAUGGGUAAUUAUAAAGCCGUUUUGUCUUUUAUUGAAUUAAUGCAAUGCAUUAAGCAAAGAAUAUGGUUUGAUGAUGAUCCAAUAUCUGCAUUACCUGGUUUAUUUGUAACUACUACUAAAGAAAACAAAUUUAAUUCCAAUUUAAAUGAAUUGGGUAGAUUAAAGUCUGGGGAACUUUAUAAUUUUGCUAAAAAAUAUGGAGUUGCAGAAGAUGAUAAAAAAGAAUUUGUGAGAAUUGCUUCCCAUUUACCAACAGGUGACUACAAUAUAAAACAAGAUGAACCUGAACUAAUUAAAGUAGAACUAGUUCAUAACAAUUACCCCUUAAAUAACGAAUUCAAAGUCUAUUGUCCAUAUUUCCCGAAACCUCAGAGAGAGAGUUGGUUUAUUAUAGUGCAUGAUGAUACUGAAUUAUUCCUAUUGAAAAGAGCAUCCGCAAGAUUAGUAAACAAAAAAGGAAUUGUUUCUUGUGAUUUGGAUAUACCUAAUGGUUUGUUUGGGAAACAAGUUAUAAUAUCUUGUAUCAACGAUGCAUUGAAAAUUAAGUAUAGCAAAGCAUAUACAUUACUAUAA